CCCAGCCUGCCACCGGUUGGGUCAUUUCUCUGUUAACAUGGCCACUGCUGCGGUUUUUGCCAGAUUUCUCCUUCAGAAAUCAACCCAGGGCUUUCUGUUCUCCUCCAGAGCGGUGCCCGCUUUCUCGAGCCCAUUUUUGUCCCGAGCUCAUAGACUGGAACCCUCCGAUGAUGAGUUGUACCAGCGCACCACAGUCUCUGUCAUGCAGAAGGAUGUAGACAAUGGGGUCCUCAUCCACAGCUACAGUUCUGCAGGAUUCAAUAUCGAUGGAAACAGGGUGUAUGGGCCUUGUGCCGUGCUGCCUCCUGCUAUCCUGCAGUGGAAGAUUGGAAGUUCGAAAGAUAUCACAGAAGAAAGUGUUUCACUCUUCCACAUGCUUGAACCAAAAAUAGAGAUUCUCGUGCUGGGCACAGGCGCACGACUGGAACGAAUCGACCCCUCGGUGCUCGCACUUCUGAAGAGUAAAGGCAUCUCUGUGGAGGUGCAGGACACGCCAAACGCGUGUGCAACCUUCAACUUCCUAAUGAGCGAGCGAAGAAUUGUAGCCGCCGGCCUGAUCCCUCCGUCACCCAGCACAGCACUUGAAGUCCAUGGGAACAACAACAACAUGUAGAAGGUGAUCACUGCAGAUGGUCAACAGAUCUGCCUGUGCACAAAACUCCAGUAGUAACAAACUCCAACACUUUAUUACAACACUUAUUUCCUUAUAGACAAAGUUAAGUGACUCUUUUACGCUUUUCCUGACAUUUAUAGUGUCGUACCGGAGGAUGCUCAUUUAAAACUUCUUUUUAAACUUUGUCUCUGGAUGAUGUCAGUGGGAGCUGAUACCUUUAAUGUGGUCAUCUAAGGCGCACACCUCUGGCUGUUCAAACCUGUUUGGAAGGAUCAGCCAGUCAGGAGAAGCUAGCUCAAGGGUGAGGAGCUAAAAUGCUAAAAGCUUAAUUCAUACAGCUGAGGGCUGCACAAAGGCCCAGUGUAACAUAACUAUCUGACAGUCUAUAAAUACAGAGCUGUAAACGAGCACAGUAGCAGCCACCUUCACCCAGUGAUCUCUGUGAGGCUUGUGUACCAGUGAAUGCUGAUCUUGGGUUUCCUGUCACACAUUUCAGUCAGCAUGUGGUUGCACAUAUAAAUGUCUCACAUCACUGUUGUAAUUCUGCUUAUAGCUGCUUAUAGCUCUGUGUGCAUGAGUUUAAAAGAAGACUCAAGUCAAGGAAACCAAAAUUAGACUGUAAUAAAGUGUAAGCAUGUUCUUAUAUAUAAACACAAGUUUUGCUUGUAUAAAAAUAUAAAUGCUUUACAUACUGCAGCAUAAGUGUAAUGUAUUUUUAUGUUUUACAAUAAAUCAGUAGUAAGACCACCUCAGCAUGCAGUGUUUUUAUUUUGAAUGUGAUCUGUGCAGCAUUUAAAGUGGAUUGUUUGUUAAAGAAAUAGUUUUAAUAUGGCUACCAGAGGUGCUGGUGGCCGGUGUCCUUCAUUUGGAUAAGCCUCUUUACUCUGUGCGUCUGUCCGUCCUCUGCCUCCAGCACGCUGCCGCUGACAAGCUGUUUGUGCAGCACUUAAUUUAUUGGCUUUGUCCUUCUCACACAUAAGCCCCACAGAUAAGAGAGUCCAGUAAUCCUUUACACAUCAGUGUGAUUCAUCGCUGUGAUUCAUCGCUAAUCAUCUGUCUCGGUGAAGAUGCCCAGCGUCAGGCUGAACACUUUAAACCCUCAUCGCUCACAAGCUGCAUGUUGCAGCUCAUGAACACUCUCACUGAUCAACACUUUAAAAAAAAAUCUAUCUAAUUAACUUUGACAUCCAGUUAGGCGACCUCUUUUCCUUGUGCAGAAAUUAUUCAGCCAUACACAAGUGAACUUGAAGAGCAAACAAACAUUGAAUGUGAAGGUAGACACUAGAUUCAAUACUUUCACAACAUUUUCAAUUUUUUAGUCAAUAUAACUUGAUAAGUAAUAUAAAAUAAAAAAGUUUCACUCUGGUGUAAACAACCGAUGUAAAAACUAUCCAGCAGAAAAGUCAUAGUGAUGUAUUACCUUCUCUCAUAACAAAAUAGCAACAUCAUUAUUUAGCAGAUUUUCACACGAGAGAGAAAUUACAGCAAACAAAUUAAGAGGCAAAAGAGACGUCAGGCAGUUACGUAGCACACUCUCAGUUCAGUCUACACCCUACAUCACACCCUCUGCUUUACAGCUGU